AAUUAUUAGUUUAAUCAAUCUUAAUUAGUAUAUAUAUUUGCCGUCAUUUCUCCACCAACUUUUUUUUAAAAUAAUAGCUUUAUUUUAGCUAUAUCAUUAGCUACAUUUCCAUGGCAAUAGCACAGCUGUUUACGUGCUUGGAAGUGUUGAAAAACGCGUAAGUCUUGUUGUUGACCCCCAAACGUGUAAGUUCAAAUACGAAAGCCACAAAUUACUGGAUAAGUAGGAAUGGCCGAGCCCCGUCGCCGGUUCCGCAACAAGAAGCGGGAUGAUCCCUCAUCCGGCCCCCUAGCUCCAGUGACAAUUGCGCGGCGUGAGGAUGCCCGCAUGGUGCAGCCUAAGAUUUUGCUCAAGAAGGAUCGCGACAGGGACAAGGAGUGGGAAGGGGAGCGGGAGCGAGAGAGGGAUCGGUAUCUGGAGAGGGAGAAGGAGGUGGACCCCAGUCCCAACAGCCGCAACAGCAACCCCGAGACACCGGUGGCCAUCAAGACGAUCAUCAUCAACCGCACAACUGAUUUACGUCCGGCGGAUAAGUGCCAAAUUUCUGUGUGCAGAGAUACUUCCGCCCAGGGCAGUGGUCAUCUGCCUGCCGUGGCAUCCAGCUCUGUUUGUGCUGCCCUGGUCAGCUCGGUGCCGAAUGGUCGGGGCAAAGGCCACUGCGGUGGUGGGGCAGGAACCGCUGGCAGCGCGAGCGGCGCUCCAAUUGUCCUUCAGGAGCAGCUGCAGCCACCGCGCAUGAAUCGCCCUACACCACUCAUUGUGGCCAACGGCAUCUUCAAUGCCAAUGCCCGCAAGUUGUUUCACAAGACAAAUACAGACUUUACUGUCAUCGGCGUUCUUGGUGGUCAAUAUUCAGGGAAAAGCACGCUGCUCAAUCUCCUAGCUGCCGAGCGGUCUCUGGACUACGACUACUACCAGCACCUGUUCUCUGCGGAGGCGGACGAGUGCAUCUUUGCCACGCGGCACAAGGUCAAGCCAAAUAAUGGCCAGAAGAGUAUUUUACGUCCUCGCACAGAAACGUUGCAGUUUUUCAUCACCCAGGAGCGUCAUAUCCUGCUUGACACGCCUCCGCUGCUGCCCGUGGGAAAGGAGCCUGACCAACAGGACCUGUACUCCCUGGCGGCCAUGGCACAGCUGUUGAGUGUGUGCCACGUCCUGAUCCUGGUCGUCGACGGCCUGGCUGUAGAGCAGCUGCGCCUGAUAAACGCAGCCCUCCGACUAAGACCGACGGUGCCCUGCAAGGGCUAUGUGCGGGACCACCUGCCGCAGGUUCUGUUUGUGCGCGCGCGGGCCAGCCGGAUGGACUUCGAUCCGCAGCAUCGGGAACGGCUGGACAAGAAGCUGGCGUACUUGUACGGGCCCACGGGACUGCCCAUUUACCGGGGUAGAGGAGAGGGGCGCUGCCUGAACACCUUUCUGCUGCCGGAGGUGAGCGGUAACGGGGCCACCGCCUUCCAUCCCGGCUUGGGCGAACUGGUGCGUCAGUUUCGAGAGCGCGUCCUCGGAUCUACGCGCGUCUCUAUGUGCCACACCAGCACCGAGCUGAGCGAGGCCAUCUGGUUCGAGAUCCUUGCGGAGAGUGCCCGCCGGGGUGCGCCCCAUUUUGAGAAGAUCUACGCAGAGAUCAAGAUGCGCCACCUGGACACUCGCUGCCAGUGGCGGUCGGACAACUGGCGCAGCUUCCCCACAGGCCCAGAAAGCUGAUCCCUCGAUUCCGGACACGUAGCAGGAGUAGAACUAUGCAUUCGGGUCAUGGCUAUGGGGAACAUACAGAAGGGCUACUGCGUUCUCGUCUCCUGACUCAUCCGGGAAAUCCACAUGCCACCAGCCUGGGCAGCAAACGGGGACACAGCGUUGGACUCUAAUCUUAAGAAUAGUUAAUUGACUAGACUCGCAUUUAAGACUUACAAGACAUGGAUUGUCCCGAAACUUACAGUAUAAGCCUAGGAAAUAGUUAUACUGAAUUAUGAAAAAUAAACUGAAACUAUCAAAAG